AUGGAAUUUAUAGUACGUUUUGAAAGAGCUCUUGCUUCACAAAGGCAUAAGGAGUUAUUGGCUGAUCAUGUUGAUCAAAAUGAAAAACCUCCAACUCCAUUUCUCACACCAAUGCAACUUCAAAUGGGAGGCAUUUACACAAGAGGGAUUCUUGACAUCUUUGAGCGAGAGGACUUUGAAAGCCUUUUAUGCUUCUUUGAAGUUGUAAAGGAAGAUGAGACUCAUUGCACGUACAAAGUAAUUGAGAGGGUACAACCGGGGGUUACACGGAUAAAAGAGCUUGUGCAUAAUAAAGAUAUCGAUCUAGCUUGUUGUAGCUGUCGGGGAUUUGAAUUUCGUGGUAUUCCGUGCCGACAUAUCAUAUCAUUUUUACGAAUGAAGCAGGUUGCGUAUUUACCAGAGAAGUAUAUAUUGGAAAGAUGGAUGAAAAGUGUAAAGUUAGGUGUAGUUUUUGAUAAGGAUGGAAAAGAAGUUAAGGAUAGCGUUGAUGGUUGUAUUUUGGUUAAGAAAUCGACAUUAUGCAAAGUUGCAGCUGAUUUGAUUGAUUCGGCGUUGUUGUCUGUUGAAGGUGUUGACCUACUGCAAAAAACAUUUGACGACAUUCGUGGGAAGCUUACUAGCUUAGUUUCAUCAACCGCUGAUGUUGAAGAACCCAAUGAAGAUGGGGAAGGUAGUUCUGCCCAAGUGAGAAUAAAAGAUCAUAAUCGAGUUAAAUCAAAAGGUCGUCCAAAAAGAUUUAAAGGACAACAUGAGAAGCCAUCAGGACGAUAUAAACGUCAGUGCACUGAGUGCAGGAAGAGUGAUCAUAAUAGAAGGAAAUGUCCAAGACUUACUAGCAUUUCUUCAUGUCCUGACGCCGAUAUUGCUGCUCCAGUUGUUGAGAAUAUGCAGCCCAAUCAGAGUGCGCAGAAUAGUGAAGGAACUCAGCCAAGUAUGACCCAGGCAUUUAUGCAGGAGUUUGAUUUAAUGCAUGGACCCAGCGUUUGA